AUGGCAUACGACAAUGCCAUAUCGACCUCUGAAUCAGGGGAUCUAAAGAUUAGUGGCUCGAUCGAUGGUGAAAAUGAGCGCCCACCGACGCCAAAUCAAGUCAACGCUUGGGUGGAGGAUCCAAAUCAUCCUCGUAAGUGGCCAACAUGGAAAAAGAAUGAGCAGAUUCUAAUGGUGGCGUUUCACUGCAUGGGAGCCACCUUUAUGACUGCGGGCAUUAUACCUGCCUAUGACGUUAUGUCGGAGGAAUAUGAAGUCCCAGUUGAAUCGGCCACCUAUCUUACAGCAACUCAGGAAUUACUCCCGUCUUCUGGAAACACAUUACCGCGAUUUAUGGCCGUUACCAUGUCUUCCUUUUCGCUGUGUUCGGCUGCAUGCUCUGUAACAUUGGCGGAGCCUUCUGCACUUCCUACGGAACCCAAAUGGCCACCCGAGUGAUUGCGGCUAUCUGUGUCAGCCCUCCCCUUGGUAUAGGCAGUGGUGUGAUUACAGACCUAUGUGAGCCACAUGAACGUGCGCAGAAAAUUGGCUGGUGGGUUUUACUGCUCACACUAGGCACUCCGGCUGGUCCGCUUAUUAUGGGAUUCGUGAGUGGACAUCUCGGCUGGCACUGGGUGUUUUGGAUUCUAGCCAUCAUAAAUUUCGUACAGUUCAUGCUGUACGUGCUGCUCGGCGACGAAACGAUAUAUCCUGAGGAAGGUGUCCCUCAGACGAGGCCUGGGUCGCCGGGUUCCUUCUUCAACAAAUUCAUUCCUCGUCGGCUUGAUCCACGACCUUUGACAGCCUACCACUUUAUUGAACCCCUGCUUGCCUCGAGACAUCCUCGGGUUAUAAUUCCUAUAAUUGCUCAAACAAUCGUCUUCUGCUAUGGGAAUAUUGCGCUUAUCGUUGAGAUGCCAAUCGCCUUUGGGGAUAAAUUCCAGUUGGAUGAACAGCAAGUUGGGCUGCAAUUUAUCGGUAUCAUUAUCGGGUGUCUCAUGGGCGAGCAGUUGGCUGGACCCACAUUAGACUGGUUUCUCAGAGUUAUUGACAGAAAAAAGGGCUCGCAUCGUCCGGCAGAUCGCCUCUGGUUGUCUUAUAUCGGCUUUAGUACCGUCAUCUGCGGAUUGCUGGUGUGGGGAUUUCAACUUGACAAUGCAUCCUCCACGUGGCAUGUCACACCUCUAGUUGGCGCUGCUAUUGCCAGCUUUGGAAACCAGACGAUUGCGACGAUCCUAAUGACAUUUUCUGUCGAUAGCCACAGGGAGCUUGCCACGGAUAUUGGCGUGUGUCUGAGUGUUUACCGCCAACUUCAUGGAUUUGUGGGUCCCUUCUAUUUUCCGGCCAGGUUUGAUACCCUGGAAUUUGCUGGUGCAGCUGGCGUUAUGUGCGCUAUCAUUUUUGCUGUUGCUGUGGUCCCUACAAUUGCGAUCCAGUUUAUGUCGAGUCGCUGAGAUGUCGUCGGUCUCUGAUCCGGGUCUGGGCUUAAUAGGAAUCGGGUUUUGUUGAUAAGGAGAGUGUUAGCUAGUGGCUGACUGAGGUUGUAUAUCCGAGCGCUCUCGUCUCCAGGGAUAAGUCGGGGAAAUUAAAUAACAGGCCAGUUUAUGCUUCACUGCUAGUGCAAGAACCGUGCAGUUUGGCAUCUAUAACAUAUAAUUUGGGAUUCCUUAUGAUCCAUUAUGCAGAUCUAUA